AUGUUCUCUCGUGCGUUCUCCCGUGUUCCCCUGCUCUCUUCCUUUGUUCCUUCUUCUUCUUCUUCUUCUUCUUCGCCGAAGGAGGGUCCGGUACACCCUUCUGAAGCAGCCACUCCUUCUGUUUCCUUUUUGCAGCCUGUGACUCGUGUUUUUUCUGCUUGUUCGUCGUUCUUUUUGCCUGUGCGUUCUCUCGAAGGCGCGUCCCCUCGUUCGAUCCUGGUGAAGCCUGUGGACGGCGACGUCCGCAAGGUGAAGCCGAAGAAGAAGGUCUCGUGGGCGGAGACCAACACUGUCACUACCGUUUCUCGAUGGCUCGUUCCUGGCGUUAACGUCUGGAGCGAUGAGGAUCUGACUGAUCCGUCCAUUCGUGAAUUUGAUAUGGUGAGUACUCGUCCGAGUACUCCCGUCCGCUCAUUUAACCCUCAUGCCUUGGGGGCUCUGGCCUUGCUUGGUCUCUGUGUCUUUCCUUUGAUCACGAUGUACAUCGAGUCACUCUUUUGA